CAUCAUCUGUUCCUUAGCUCCCACAUCCAUUAUAGGGCAGGACCGCUAGCAUUUGCAUGUAGACUGAAAGGGAGCCACAGAGAGAGGGAGAGAGAUGUAGUAGCAGGGGGAGGCGGAGGGAACAUAUGACACAAAGGAGAGGGAGAGAGAGAGGGAGAUAGAUCAGAGCGUUGGAGAGAGAAAGGGAGAGGGAGGCUGCAGAUAUCGAUGGCUUUAACAAUGGAGCAUUAGGAUCCAGAGAGGUGAUAGUCAGCCAGGCAACGGCUGGGGGUGAAGACAUUUGAGGAGGGGGGAGCUCGGGGGAGGAGGAGGAGGAGGAGGGAGAAGGAGGAGGAGGAGGAGGAGGAGGAGGAUGGGCCUCGAACACAGACUUGCAAUGGCACUGCAAAAAUUGGAUUAAAGCAGUAUGCUGGACAAGAGCGAGGUGGCAACUCUAGGCCUACCCUCCACCACCAGCCAUGGAGGCUCUGACAGCAACAUUAGUGCAGAUGGAGCGGCGGCAGCGUCGUCUGGGGUCGUGUCCGGGGGAGCGGAGGGUUCAGGGGAGCCUCAGCGGACCCGUGCUGCUUUGGAGCACUUGCAGCAGAAGAUCCUGAAGGUCACCGAGCAGAUCCGCGUGGAGCAGGAGGCCCGUGACGACAACGUUGCAGAGUACCUGAAGUUAGCUCACAACGCAGACAAACAGCAGGCGUCCAGAAUCAAGCAGGUGUUCGAGAAGAAGAACCAGAAGUCAGCACAGACCAUUGCUCACUUGCACAAAAAACUAGAGCACUACCACAAGAAGCUAAAGGAGAUAGAGCAGAAUGGACCAGCCCGGCAGCCGAAGGAUGUCCUGCGGGACAUGCAGCAAGGAUUAAAGGACGUGGGGGCCAAUGUUCGUGCUGGGAUAAGUGGUUUUGGAGGUGGAGUAGUUGAAGGGGUCAAAGGUGGAGUAUCUGCACUCACUCACACAGCCGUGGUGUCCAAGCCCAGAGAGUUUGCCAGUCUCAUCAGGAACAAGUUUGGCAGUGCUGAUAACAUCGCUCACCUAAAGGACACUCUUGAAGACGGAGUUGGGGGCCACUCUGAAGACACCCCCACACCCAGAGCCCUGAGUGGAAGUGCCACUCUGGUCUCCAGCCCAAAGUACGGCAGCGACGACGAGUGUUCCAGCGCCACGUCCGGCUCCGGAGCGGGCAGUAAUUCUGGUGGGGCUGGUGGAGGAGGAGGGUUGCUAGGACCAACCAUGGGGAGUCCCAGACUGGACGGGCACCACCACCACCACCACCACAUGCACAGUUCAUGGGACUCUCUACUUGAGGGCUUGCAGGAGAUCAAAGCCAGCCAGACGCACAUGGAGGAUGCCAUUGAGGACAUGAAGGGCCAGCUGCAGAGCGACUAUUCCUACAUGACUCAGUGUCUGCAAGAAGAGAGAUACAGGUAUGAGCGACUCGAAGAGCAGCUAAAUGACUUAACAGAGCUGCACCAGAAUGAGAUGACCAACCUGAAACAGGAACUUGCCAGCAUGGAGGAAAAAGUUGCUUACCAAUCGUACGAGAGAGCAAGGGACAUUCAGGAAGCUGUGGAGUCGUGUCUGACCCGCAUCACCAAACUGGAGCUGCAGCAGCAGCAGCAACAGGUCGUCCAGUUAGAAGGAGUGGAGAACGCCAACGCUCGAGCUCUGCUGGGAAAACUCAUCAACGUCAUUCUGGCGCUGAUGGCUGUGCUGCUGGUCUUUGUCUCCACUUUGGCCAACUUCAUCACCCCGCUGAUGAAGACCAGAGCCCGGGUUGCUGCCACCGUCAUGCUCACCUUGCUGCUCUUCAUUCUGUGGAAGCAGUGGGAUUUUGUGGAGCCGUGGCUUCUGCCCAGCUAAGCUCUCUGAGAGACUGCAGCAGAGAGCCACAAGCUGGUUUUCUACUUACCAGCACUGAAGAACCCAGAGACUGGAACAGAAUGAAAACUGCUGCACUUGUUCCCUUUGAAUUUAAAGGUGGACUUUCUGAGGACAAAACAUGGCACUUUUAGCUGAGGAGUAGAUGAUAUGUGGCUACAGUAAGAGCUGGGAGGUGUUUACAGAGCAAAAGAACAGAAAUUCUCUGCUUGCCAAGCGACUAAAGACAUCAUCUCAUCUCACCCAAACCUACUGGUGUUGAUGACCAAUCAUCGAUUGCAUCGCUGUCACCAAAAACUGAGUUUCUUGCAAGAAAUCUUUGGUCUUUUUCUAAUUAUUUAUGAUACAAGAAUUACAAAGACUAGAGCAACUUAUGACUGUAAAACGCUGAUCAUGUUUGCUGUAAUCUUCAUGUUGAAGCGAUAGGAUACUGAAGAGGAAAAGGGUUUUUUUCAUGAAUGUUAUGUGCUCAUGCAUGUCUUCAUAUGUGCACUGAGAUGCAUCUAGCUGGCAUGAGUUAACAUUUCAUUAAUGACAAAAUGAAUCUUCUAUAACUGCCAUUUUGUUGUCAGAAAUACAGUGCAGGUAUGUUGUAUCUCCGCUCAGUGUCAUUCCUGGCUUGUUUCACAUCCUCUUCUGGUGUGGAAGCAGCGCUUUUAGAUUCUUUCUUCCUGUCUUUUUUUUCUUACAACUGAAUGAACAGUUAAAAAAAUCAAAACAAACUGCGGAUACUCACCAUAACGAUCGAACAACGUAAAUCUUCUUCUGUCCAUAAAUACUAUUUCAUUACCACUAUUGUAGAACUGCUACUAUCCACAGUGUCAAAUUAACUGGCAUGUCAAAGUUUAUAUCCAGUUUGCAAAAAGGAAUUAUUGCUGUUUUAUUAAACAAUGUAAGAAAUAAAUGAUUUCAUAUAUUA